AUGGAUACUGUUGGAAUAUUGGUAUUCUACAACGGAAACUGGGUUCGCAAGGAUAAUAUUGAGAGUUAUGAAGGUGGUGAGGUUGAAGGCAUAAUAGUAUCACGGAACGUAACAUUUUCUGAGCUUGAUGGUGAUAUGAACGGUCUUGUGCACUUGCAAAACCAUAGUUGUACGUGUAGGAAGUUUGACUUAGAGCAACUCCCGUGCAAGCAUGCUAUUGCGGCCGUCAUAAGAUGCAAAGAAUACAUUCUAAAGGAGAGGACUCACAACAAAGAAAAUGCUCAAGGUGCGGUGUGA